AUGGCCACAGACUUUCCUCACCUACGCAGUUUUCAGCACUGUCGGAAAGAUGUUGACCUUGUUUGUUUCCGUCUGCCUGACACAUGCCCUCUUUGUGGACAGAGCACAUCCACUGGGUGUCGCAUCCCUCCUUUUGUGCUGACGUCUCCAUUAAGCUCUUCACAAGAAGCACCACAAUCCAUUGUGCUGAAGCCGACACAUGGUGAUUUUCUGAGAGACUAUUCAGCAACUUGCAAUCUGCAUAUUGGAGUCACUGACAGAUUUGGUUUUGUGCAUGAUUUUGAUGAAAAUGGCCUCCAUCAGGGAUCAGUGUGGCCUGACUGUUUGGUUGUCAUGUCCUAUGGCCAUGGUCAGGCAGAAGUUCUAGAUCAAGCCCUUGAGAUUUUCAGCCAGCAGCCGGUGUGGGAUAAAUCAAGGUACAGAGAAAAUGAGUGGAAUUGUUUUGACUAUGUUUUUGAAUUUCUUCAUUACGUGAGGCACCCGGAUGUGACCCCAGUCAUGACACGAACAGAAUUCUGUGAUAAAUUUGUUACUCAAAAGAAGAAAAGCGUGGAAGGGUAUAUUAGUCUGCACAGACAGGCCCUACAGGCCGGCUGUGUUGUGGUGCCAAAGAAAAUGCUCUAA